AUGGGCACUGCCCUAAUUCAUAGUAAGCCUACAAGCGAUCCCUUUCAUGUGCUAGCAUUUUGGGUGCCAAGCGGUGAUGAGGCACACGUAAACUUUGUCAAUGAAGCAAACAAAUGGUUUCCGGCACAGGGAUCAGCUCAUGGAUACACCUAUACGGCCACAAAUAAUAUGGAACAAAUGACUGUAGAAAAUAUGCGCCGGUAUCAGGUCAUACUGUUUCUCGAUGACGUACACUAUGCUAUGGGCAAUGAUGAGCACCGGGCUUUCGAACAGUACGUGGAGAACGGUGGCGGUUGGAUGGGCUUUCAUGUGUCUGCUUUCAAUGACAAUCCAAACGAAUGGCCAUGGUUUUUCAAUACGUUUUUAGGCACCGGUAGAUUUAAGUCAAACACAUGGUGGCCCACAAAAAUACACUAUCAUAUUGAUAGUCCCAAUCAUCAGACAAUGAAUGGAUUGCCUAAUAAAUUUGAUUCAUCGGUCAAUGAAUGGUAUGCCUGGGAAAAGGAUUUGCGCCGCAAUCCCGACAUUGAGAUACUGGCCUCAGUCGACAACUCAUCGUUCCCGGUCGGGACAGACCCGAACCAGUCCUGGUAUAGCGGCUACUAUCCGGUAAUUUGGUCGAUGAAAAAGUUUCGGGCAAUUUACUGUAAUUUUGGUCACAACAAUAUGGAUUAUGCUCAUCAUAGAAAUACAUCAUGGACGUUUGCUGCCCGCGACCAAGAUCAAUUUUUAUUUAAUGCACUAAAUUAUCUAGCUAAUCGAUAG